CUCUCAUCCGGGUGCUAGACAAGCGGGCGCCGUGCGCGUGUCCCGCGGCCCAGCUGCUAAUAAAGUUGCACUGAGGGGAAGCGCAGCCAGGGCGCCGGGAGAGUGCGCCCAGCCGACCGACUUGAACUAGUGAAAGAAGUGGAUGGCACUUAUGAAGAUAUAUGUCACUCUUUCGUUUUUAAUGGGAACAUCUGCUUAGGAGCUGUAUAUGAGUUUUCAUCUAUGAUCUUUAAUUUCAAUACCCACUGACUUUGAGUUGCAGGAAGGUCUCUGAAGAUAUAUAUCAAAUGACGUCAAUGGCCAGCUUGUUUUCUUUUACUAGUCCAGCAGUAAAACGAUUGUUGGGCUGGAAACAAGGUGACGAGGAGGAGAAAUGGGCCGAAAAAGCAGUCGAUGCUUUGGUGAAAAAGCUAAAAAAGAAAAAGGGUGCCAUGGAGGAACUGGAGAAAGCCUUGAGCAGUCCAGGACAACCGAGCAAAUGUGUCACUAUUCCUAGGUCUUUAGAUGGACGCCUGCAGGUUUCUCACAGAAAAGGCCUGCCCCACGUUAUAUAUUGUCGUGUUUGGCGCUGGCCUGAUUUGCAGAGUCAUCAUGAGCUAAAACCAUUGGAUAUUUGUGAAUUUCCUUUUGGAUCUAAGCAAAAAGAAGUUUGUAUCAAUCCGUACCACUAUAAGAGAGUGGAGAGUCCAGUCUUACCUCCAGUAUUAGUGCCUCGUCAUAAUGAAUUCAAUCCACAACAUAGCCUUCUGGUUCAGUUUAGGAACCUGAGCCACAAUGAACCGCACAUGCCACAAAAUGCCACGUUUCCAGAUUCUUUCCACCAGCCCAACAACACUCCUUUUCCCUUAUCACCAAACAGCCCUUAUCCCCCUUCCCCUGCUAGCAGCACAUAUCCUAACUCCCCUGCAAGUUCUGGACCAGGAAGUCCAUUUCAGCUUCCAGCUGAUACUCCUCCUCCUGCCUAUAUGCCACCCGAUGAUCAGAUGGGUCAAGAUAAUUCCCAGCCUAUGGAUACAAGCAAUAAUAUGAUUCCUCAGAUUAUGCCCAGUAUAUCCAGCAGAGAUGUUCAGCCUGUUGCCUAUGAAGAACCCAAACAUUGGUGUUCAAUUGUCUACUAUGAGUUAAACAACCGAGUUGGGGAAGCUUUUCAUGCAUCUUCUACUAGUGUGUUAGUAGAUGGAUUCACAGAUCCUUCAAAUAACAAAAGUAGAUUCUGCUUGGGGUUGUUGUCAAAUGUUAAUCGUAAUUCGACAAUUGAAAACACUAGGCGACAUAUUGGAAAAGGUGUUCAUCUGUACUAUGUUGGCGGGGAGGUAUAUGCGGAGUGCCUCAGUGACAGCAGCAUAUUUGUACAGAGUAGGAACUGCAACUUUCAUCAUGGCUUUCAUCCCACUACUGUCUGUAAGAUUCCCAGCAGCUGCAGCCUCAAAAUUUUUAACAAUCAGGAGUUUGCUCAGCUUCUGGCUCAGUCUGUCAACCAUGGGUUUGAGGCAGUGUAUGAGCUCACCAAAAUGUGCACCAUUCGAAUGAGUUUCGUCAAGGGCUGGGGAGCAGAAUAUCACCGACAGGAUGUUACCAGCACCCCAUGUUGGAUUGAGAUUCAUCUUCAUGGGCCUCUUCAGUGGCUGGAUAAAGUCCUCACACAGAUGGGCUCCCCUCUGAACCCCAUAUCUUCUGUUUCAUAGUGCAGAAGUGUUCUUUUCAAUUGUAUUAUUAGUGGACUUGUUUAAUUUUAGAGAAACUUUCAGUACAGAUACUGUGAGCUUACAUGGAAAACAGAUAUUACAACAUAUUUUUUCCUCCAUAAUUGUGACCAAUACAUUUGUAUUUUGUGAUUAAUCUACACUUGUUUGUAUUCAUAUUCAUGUGAUUAACUUUCAAAAGUGUUGCGAAAGAUGCAGAGUAAGUAUUACGCCCCAGUUCAGAAGUCUGGCAUUGAUCUUUAAACUGGAAUAUGCUUUUGCCUUAUUGUCUCAUCAGGUGUUUUUUUUGUUGUUGUUGUUGUUAAACUUGUUUUUGAAAAGGUAAUAAAUACAUCACAUGAUGAAAAAUUAUAAUAGUAUAAAAAGGUAUACAGUGAAAAGUAAGUCUUCCCUCCUAUUCUUGAUCUCCAGAAGCUAUACUUUUACUAGUUUCUUUGUCCCACCAACUUUAAAAAAAGUAUAAUUCAUUGUUUGCAAAGCAUAUGGUAGGGGCUUAAAGGAAACUAUUAAAAAAUAUUUUAUUUGAAGGAACACUAUGCACUGCUCUAAUAAGUAGUGUUCAGAAAAAGCGAAAUGAUACUUUUCUAGAUGACGUAAAAUUAACAUUUAAUACAUCUGAAUGUUUGUGAGUGUAAUGUGACUUCUCUCAGUAUAUCUUUCAUAAAACAUUUCCUUUUUUUAAAAAAAUUAUUGCAAACAACUGAUCUCUAGUAUAUGUCAUUUACUCAAAUUCUGUCAAAAGUACUACUUUAUAGCUAGUGACAGUGCAUGCACGGCCUUGUUCAGCUAUGUUUGCUGCUUUUGGCCAGUGUUGCAGGAGCUCUAAUUUUGAUAUGCAUUCAUCUUUAUUUUGCACUUUUAUGGGUUACAGUUUUUAGCAUAACCUUUGGUGAAACACACUCAAGUGACUUGGACUUAGAUGCUUGUCCUUACUUCCUUGGUACCCCUUUUGUAUUAACGAACGCUGCAAUUUAUAGAUUACAGUUGUAGGAAGAUAGCUUUUUUCUAGCUUUUGUUUUAUUUUCAAUCUAGAUUAUAAGACUGUUAUUCUCUAGCUCCAACUUAAGGUGCCUUUUUAAUUCCUUACAGUUUUAUGGAUGUUAUUAAUGUUGAGAAAUAUGUGCUUAAUUUCAUUGCAGUUACUGUCAUCAGUCUCCCUUGGAGGUACUCAUGCACUGUAGCCAUGCGAGGCUCUUGGAGGCCGUUUAGUUGGGCCUCAAGGAUGAGGCUACUGGUCUGAUACUUGAGUCAGUCAGCAGUGGUUGUUGGCAUAGCUGAUUUUAAAACAUUCAUGUAUCAAAGAAUGCAUACUGUUCUCUCAGUUACCGUGCACAUUCUGUCUUCCUCAAUUUUUUAGUACCUACGUGGAUACUAGUCUCCCAGAACACAAUCUGGAGAGGAAAGACAUGACAACUCUGAAAUAUCCAUUUAAUCAGUCAUGUUUAAAGGCUUUGGAUAAAGGACUCUUAACCACUUUUUCUAAGGAGCAGUCAGAUGGAUAGUUAGUUAAGGCAUGAGCAUGAAGACAUUAUUUUGAGAAGAUAAACCGAUUUCCUUAUCAGAAGAAGCUUUAUUUUUUGGUGCCUUUUGAAAGUAUAUGGAGCCAUGUCAAUCUUCUGUUUAAAAAUGUUAGUUUCGUUUGACUGUAUACUUAGCCUUUUUAUGAAAAGAAAAGUAUAUUUUCGAGGAAAGGAGAAUGGGAUACCUUUUGUUUCCUGAGAGAUUAUUUAUUGCUUUUACAGAGUGCAGCCAAUGGAUGGUUAAUUCUUUCAGAUGAAGUGCCAUAUGUGUUUCAGUUCACAGUCCUUUGCUGGAUAAAAUGAAUCCUUUCUACCAGUCACUGAGCCUUAAACAUAACUGUUAACAUGACAUUGCAUUCUCGGUCUCCAGAGUUGUGUUGGUCACAUGGAAGAAGAUUAUUUGCUUAGUGAUAGAAGAGCUGUUUUCAUUGUUUUACUUACCAGGCUUGAUGGCAAACUCUUUGGAACAAGUUUGUAGAAAAAGUCACCCAAGUUGAAUGACAGAUAAACAUGUAAUCAACUUCAGUGGACUCAAACCGGUGGAAACUGUUGAAUUGCUUUUAUUGUUGUUUUCAAUUGAAUUAAUUAAAAAUUGUUUCUAUUUGGAGUCAAUAUUCAGGACACAGUCUUUAGAGUAAGCAAGAUUUUACGUGAUUGGCCUUUUCUUUGUUUUCUCUAAGGAAUUGUGUCCCAUGAAUGAUAGUAUUGAAGCUAUUAACUCUUAAAUGUUUCAUGGAGAAGUAUAAGCCUGUUGUAUUUUCCCAAAAAAGCUGUCAACAAUAAAAACUGUAUUCAAUCCAGUUGCUCUUAUAAUCCCUAAGGCUGCCCACAUAUCCAUGGAUGGGAAAUAAAAAUUGUCAGUAGGAUAAGAAACUAAGUAAAAUGCUGAUCAAUGAAAAGAAAGCACCUCUGAAGCCAUUUCAGAAAAUUAGUUUUAAGUUUUUAUUUAAUCUCCAGCAUGGUUUAUAGUCAAAUAUAUGAAAAUAUUAGCAUCACUAGAAUAAUCACAUUAUAUAGUAUGUACAAUAUAUUAAUAUGUGUCAGCUGAAAAGACAGUUCGGGAAUAGUAAAAUUGCAGCCCAUUUGGUAAAUGCAAAAAGGGAGAUAGAAUCAUAAUGUAUUUCAGUAAUGAAUUAAAACAAAAGCUGUUGAUUAGAAAAAAGCAAGAUUGAAAGGUAGAAUUGACUAAAAUCUCUACAUAAUAGUGUUAUGGUCUAGUUCAUAUUGCCUGGCCAAAGUUCUGGAGUGUAAAGUAGUAGGUAUGUUAUUGAUCUACUGAAACUAAGAACACUUUUUCUCUUAGAGAAAAUUUAAGGAAGACAUCGAACAAAAAUGCCAUAUAUAUGCAUCAGAAUAUAAAUAAUUUUUUCCAUUUCAUUGUUGCUGUAUAAGAAAACUCUGAUAAAUAGAAUUGGCCAGGUUUUCAAGGUAAAAUCUGGAGUAAAUUAGGAUAGACAUUCUGCAAGCCACACUUAAUAGUACAGAAAAAGGAUGUAGCUAUUUUUUGCUUUUCCUAACAUUUGAGAGUUAACACUUCAUUUUAGGAUGUAAAAUAAUAAGUAUUCAACUAUGAGUCUAUUGUCAAGGUAAGAACUGGGAUUCACAUUUGUAGUGAAACCUGUGAUAGCCCAGAGUUAAUGGGACUGCCCUGUUUUCCCGGGUCUUGCAAGUUUUCCACCUUUGACAGGGUGCAGUCUUACCACUUUUCUGUUGCUAUUAGUGGAAAAUAUUUGAGUUUUCCUUCUCUGACAGGUUUCCGCCUUACACAGGUUCUGGCUUUUGCAGGUUUUACUGUAAAACCAUAUGUAUUACCUUAGGGUGACUGUAGGAAACAGUUAUCCUGUAAUAGUGUUCUGUUUAAAGAGUUUAUACAAAAAAAAAAAAAAAUUAAACCGUA